AAAAGCACUAAACAAAAUACGCGCCGCGAUGCCGGCCGGCGCCGCCGCCGGUGGCGACACCUCGCGGCCGGCGCACCGCCUGGCGGCCAAGGAGCGCACGGCGGACGUGCGUGUCUCGGAGGACGUGACGUUCGCCGGCCUGCUGCUGUCGGAGCCAGUGCUGCUCGGUCUGCAGCAGGCUGGCUUCGAGCGGCCGUCGCCCAUCCAGCUGCGCGCCAUCCCGCUCGGUCGCUGCGGCGUCGAUCUGAUCGUGCAGGCCAAGUCGGGCACGGGCAAGACGUGCGUGCUGGCGGUGCUGGCGCUGGAGCUGCUGGCGGCGGCGGCGCCGUCCGGCCGCUGCCAGGCGCUGGUGCUGGCGCCCACGCGCGAGGUGGCCGUCCAGGUGGCUCAGGUUGUGGCUGCCAUCGGGUCGCACGUGCCGGGUCUGGCGGUCCACACGCUCAUUGGCGGACUGCCGCUUGCGCAGGACGUGGCCAAUCUGCGCCGCUGCCAGGUCGCCGUGGGCACACCAGGUCGCGUGCGUCAGCUGGUGGACAGCGAGGCGCUAAACACGGACGCCGUCCGCCUGUUCGUCAUGGACGAGGCCGACAAGCUGAUGGAGGACGCGUUCGUCGACGACAUCAACUUCAUCUACUCCACCCUGCCAGCCAGCAAGCAGAUGGUUGCUCUGAGCGCCACCUACCCGGAGACGCUGGCCGACCUGCUGGCGCGGUACAUGCGCACACCGACCUUCGUCAGACUCGGCAAGUCCUCAUCCGCCCUGCUCGGCAUCCGUCAGUACGUGCUGACCGUGCCGUACCAGCCUUUGGUGCAGAAGCAGCUGAAGCUCAAGCUGGACGCGCUGGUGCACCUGCUUUCCACCGUCAGCUUCACCCAGUGUCUCGUCUUCUCCAACCACCAGACGAGGGCGGAGACGCUGUCGACCCAGCUGACGGCGCGCGGCUGGCCGAGCACCCACCUCUCCUCGGCGCUGAGCCAGGAGCGCCGGCUGGAGGCGCUGGCCCGCCUCACCUCCCUCCGCUGCCGCGUGCUGGUCGCCACCGACCUCGGCGCGCGCGGCGUCGACAGCGAGCACGCCGACCUGGUCGUGCAGCUGGACGUGCCGUGGGACGGCGCCACGUACCUGCACCGCGUGGGCCGCGCCGGUCGGUACGACGAUGAGGUCUCACGAGAGGAGGCUGUGUGUGGGGCGGCCGGGGCCGGCGGCCAGCGGCAGUCUGAGGACCAGCUGGCGGGUGGUGAUGUACCGCGACGCCGCCAGGACUGGGACACGCCGAGGCGCACGGGGCAAGCGGCCGGCGCGCGUGCGGACACGGCGGCGGACAGCGACAGCGGAGACAGCUUCUCGGCGCUGCUGGAGGCAUACAAGCGAGAUCAGGAGCGGCAGCGGGACGACUGGAGCUCCGGAGACGGAGAUGGAGACGCGCGGGAGGGGCGGACGGGGCUGGACGGCGGUGAUGGAGACGGAGACGGAGACGCUGGGGAGAUGCGGGCGCACGGCGGGGCUGGAAAUCAGACUGCUCCCCAGCUGGAAGGUGGGCGAGAGACACUGGAUGCGAGUAUAGAGGAGACGAUGCACGUGGACGAGAGCCCGCGCCCCGACUCGUCGAGCGGCGAGGUGUCGGACGACGAAGCCGAGGACGAGGACGAGGGCGAGGACGAGGAGGCUGGGGCUGUUCAGGGAACCGACGUGCCCCACGAGGGCGGAGCGGGUGACGCCUGGCGGGCUGCACGAGCGCCUGUGGGGGUGCCGUUCCGUGCCGACGGCUGGCCCUGCUACCUGAAGCCGAUGCUGGACUACGUCCGUCAACAGAGAGGGUUCAGCUACGGACACCUCGACGCCGUCGCUCGGUUGUUCGUCAAGGAGGCGCUUUCGUCCGCCGAAGAUGUGCCGACCUGCUGCCCGCCGGGCGUCUUCGUGAGGCCGCUGGACAGCAUACACCUGGACACCGUCAAGCGCUUCUGGCCGUACACCGCGGAUCUUCCCGAUAUCGACGGUGUGAUACGUGACGGCAUGACGGUGGGCCUCAGCGCCGGCGUGUUCGUCGCCACUGAUAAUGACAUGGCGUCGUCGUCUGUCGGCCAGCUCGUGUGCUGGGCGGUUCUCAACAGAAACGCGGUGCUUGGCUUCCUGCGCACGCUGGAGACGCACCGGCGGCGAGGCCUGGCCAGCUCGAGCGAGCCGUUCCAGCACUUGACGGACGUUGCGCAGGUGCUCUGA